AUGGCGGCGCUCUGGGCGCGCACGCUACUGUUGCUCGUGGUGGCUCAGGCCGCGUCGGCUGCGCUGGGCGUUGAGGACGAAGUCCCGGAGGAGUGGCUGCUGCUGCACGUCGUGCAGGGCCAGAUCGGCGCCGGCAACUAUAGCUACCUGCGGCUGAACCAUGAGGGCACCAUCGUGCUGCGGCUGCACAGCCUGCGCGGCGACGCAGACCUGUACGUGUCCGACAGCACGCUGCACCCCAGCUUCGACCACUACGAGCUGCAGUCCGCCACCUGCGGCCAGGACGUCGUGUCGGUCCCCGCGCACUUCCAGCGCCCCGUGGGCAUCGGCAUCUACGGGCACCCGUCUCACCAGGAGAGCGAGUUCGAGAUGAAGGUGUACUAUGACCGGACAGUGGAGCCGUCCCCGUUCGGCGAGGGCGCCUACGCCCCGGACAGCACGGCUCCGGGCCAGCGGCGCGCACAUGGCCCGGAGGACGCUGCGCAGGAGGAAGGCUCUGUUCUCUGGACCGUGCUGAUUGGCAUUCUUAAGCUGGUAGUUGAGAUCCUCUUCUGA